AAAAAAAAAAAAUAAUCCGACCUAAUAGAGAAAACCAACAAAGAAAAUCCCAAAAACGAUGUCGUUCCGCCUGAGCAACAACCUACUCGGUAUCCUCAACUUCGUAACCUUCCUCCUCUCGAUCCCCAUCCUCGUAGCCGGCAUCUGGCUCAGCCGUAAAGCCAUAACUGAAUGCGAACGUUUUAUCGACAAACCCAUCAUCAUCGUCGGAGUUUUCCUCAUGGUAGUCUCAUUGGCUGGAUUCGUCGGCGCAUGCUGUCACGUGAAAUGGUUGCUCUGGCUUUACCUCGUCGUUAUGUUCAUCCUCAUCGUGCUCGGCAUUGCCGGCACGAUUUUCGCUUUCGUGGUAACAAAUAAAGGGGCGGGAAGGGUCUUGUCAGGGAAAGGGUAUAAGGAAUACCGGUUGGGGGAUUAUUCGAAUUGGUUGCAAAAGAGGGUUAGUGAUGAGAAUAAUUGGUUUAAGAUUAAGAGCUGUUUGGUUGAUAGUAAAGUUUGCAGUGAUUUUCAUAACCAGCAUAUGAAUGAGAGUGUAACAGAGUUUUAUAAGGUGCAUUUGUCUGCCAUACAGUCCGGUUGUUGUAAGCCAUCAAACGACUGUCAAUUCACCUUCCUAGGACCAACAAACUGGACCAAAGGCAAUGGUGUCUUCAUCAACAACACCGAUUGCAAUACAUGGAGCAAUGAUUUGGGCACAUUAUGUUUCGAUUGCCAUGCAUGUAAAGCUGGUUUUAUAGACAACCUAAGGAGUUCUUGGAAGAAAGUAAUGGUGGUCAACAUUAUCUUCCUAGUUUGCCUCAUCAUUGUCUACUCUGUCGGUUGCUGUGCUUUCAGUAACAGUAGGAAAAGCAAGUCUUGAGGACACUAAGGCUUAUUUCUUUGUUUCUUUUUUGUUCAUAGUAUUUUGAAUUUGGGGUCAGAAAUUAGGGUUUUAGUUUGUUGGGUUUUUGCUUUUGUUUUCUACUUGUGUUUUGCAACUUCGGAUU